AAGGAGAGGCUGGUCCAAAGAGGAACUGGGACCCCCUGCCCCUCCUCGGCACCCGCCUUCAAGCUUCUGCCGCCUGGGGCUCUCCCAUUGGUCCCCGAGGGGGAUGUGGUGAGGACUCGCUCACCCCAGCCUUCCCCUGUUUCCCCAGUGCCAGCUGCUGACGGCUGCCCGCGGAGCAUGGCCCUCCCUGUCCUGGGCCUCGACCCCUGCAGCCUCCUGGGCCUUUUCCUCUUCCAGCUGCUCCUGCAGCUGCUCCCGCCAACCACGGCAGGGGACGGGGCACAGGGACCCGUGCCCAGGGUCAAGUUCCAUGCAGGGGACGGGCGCAGGGGGCUCAGCCUCUUCCACCAGAAAGGCCUCCAGGAUUUCGACACCCUGCUUUUGAGCAGUGAUGGUGGCACCCUCUACGUGGGGGCACGAGAGGCCAUCCUGGCCUUGGACAUCCAGGACCCAGGGGUGCCGAGGCUCAAGAGCAUGAUACCUUGGCCAGCCAGUGACAGGAAAAAGAGGGACUGUGCCUUCAAGAAGAGCAAUGAGACACAGUGUUUCAACUUUCUUCGAGUCCUGGUCUCCUUCAACACCACCCACCUCUAUGCCUGCGGUACUUUCGCCUUCAGCCCCUCCUGCACCUUCAUUGAACUCCAAGAUUCUGACCUGCUGCCCAUCUUGGAGAAUGGGGUCAUGGAGGGGAAAGGUCAAAGCCCCUUUGACCCUGCUCAUAAGCACACAGCUGUCCUGGCAGAUGGGAUGCUCUAUUCUGGCACCAUGAACAACUUCCUGGGCAGUGAGCCCAUCCUGAUGCGUGCACUGGGACCCCAGCCUGUCCUCAAGACCGACAAUUUCCUCCGCUGGCUGCAGCCCGACGCCUCCUUCGUGGCCGCCGUCCCUUCGACAGAUGUCGUUUACUUCUUCUUCGAAGAGACCGCCAGCGAGUUCGAAUUCUUCGAGAAGCUGCGCACGUCUCGCGUGGCCCAAGUCUGCAAGAAUGAUGUGGGCGGUGAAAAGCUGCUGCAAAGGAAGUGGACCACGUUCCUGAAGGCCCAGCUGCUCUGCGCCCAGCCGGGACAGCUGCCCUUCAAUGUCAUUCGCCACGCGGUCCUGCUCUCCGCAGACGACUCCUCUGAGGCCCACGUCUAUGCAGUCUUCACCUCUCAGUGGCAGGUUGGUGGGAGCAGAAGCUCUGCUGUCUGUGCUUUUGCACUCAGCGAUAUCCAGAGUGUGUUUGAGGGCAAGUACAAGGAGCUGAACAAAGAGACAUCUCGCUGGACCACAUACGGGUUCCCGGACAUCAGCCCCCGGCCCGGCAGCUGUUCAGCCGGCCCUUCCUCUGAUAAAGCCUUGACCUUCAUGAAGAACCAUUUCCUGAUGGACCAGAAGGUGGUGGGACGCCCCCUGCUGUUCAAGGCGGGUGUGGAGUACACGCAGCUGGCAGUGGAGAAGGUGCUGGGCACUGAGGGACACCGCCACCUGGUCCUGUACCUGGGCACAGCCGUCGGGUCCCUGCACAAGGCCGUGGUGAGCGGGAAUGGCGGUGCCCACCUGGUGGAGGAGAUCCAGCUCUUCCCGGAGCCUGAGCCCGUGCGCAACCUGCAGCUGGCCCCCUCCCAGGGCGCCGUGUUUGCAGGCUUCUCCGGAGGCAUAUGGAGGGUUCCCCGGGCCAACUGCAGUAUCUACGAGAGCUGUGUGGACUGCGUCCUUGCCCGGGACCCCCACUGUGCCUGGGACCCGCAGGCCCGCACCUGCAGCCUCCUGCCGAGCCCCAUCCCGACUUCAUGGAAGCAGGAUAUGGAGCACGGGAAUCCUGACUGGGCAUGCACCAGUGGUCCUAGGGGCAGGAGCCGGCCCCCUCUGAGACGCCCCCAAAUCAUUAAAGAAGUUCUGGCUGCCCCCAACUCCCUCCUGGAGCUCCCCUGUCCUCAUGUCUCGGCUCUGGCCUCAUACCGCUGGACUCACGGGCCUGGCCAGGUCCCUGAGGCCUCGGCCGCCGUCUACAAUGGCUCCCUCUUGCUGCUGCUGCAGCCCGGGCUGGGCGGCCUCUAUCAGUGCUGGGCCACUGAGAAUGACUUCUCCUACCCCGUGGUGUCAUACUGGGUGGACAGCCAGGACCAGGCCCUGGCUCUGGACCCUGAGCUGGCUGGGAUCCCCCGGGAGCGCGUGGAGGCCCCGCUGACCCGGGUCGGUGGUGGAGCCUCCCUGGCUGCGCCCAGGUCCUACUGGCCCCACUUCCUCACAGUCACCGUGCUCCUGGCCCUGGUGCUCUCGGGAGUCCUCAUCCUCCUCCUGGCCGCCCCUUUGGGGGCCCUCCGAGCGCGGGGGAAGGUCCAGGGCUGUGGGACACCGCCGCCUGGGGAGAAGGCCCCUCUGAGCAGGGAGCAGCACCUCCAGAGCCCCAAGGAACACAGGACCUCGGUUGGGGAUGUGGACGUAGACAACAACCGCCUGGGCGCGGAAGUGGCCUAGAUGGCAGGCGUGGCGGGGCCAUCCCAGGCUGGCCGGGGCACUGGGGCAGCGGCCAGAACCCGUGGGAGCAGCACAAGGACCAUCUUUCUCCCAGAGAGAGCUCUGGCUGGGGCUCCUGAGCAUGCCCCCGGGCGGGCCACAGCCCACUAUGGGAACAGCCAGGCCUGGGCCUCGAAGGAGCUGCU